AUGCACAAAAGACUUGCCUUCGUGUUCUUUGGUGUUCAGUGCAUCCGUCUUCACAAGUUGUGCGAAUACCCCGAAGGAGCCAUCACAAACACCAUCACCCACACAGCCGUGGAUGAUAGACUCCGCCAUCUCGAGCAACUGCUCAACGUGAACAGCAUCUCCCCUCCCGAAGCUUCCAGAUCCCCAACUCUCGAAGUCUUCUCAUCUAUUCAAGGCCCUACAAGCAGCUUCCCUCUUCCUUUCUUCCUGGACAAUGACCUCUUUGCGCCCCUUCGAGAGAAUGCUCUAGCUCAAAGCACACAGUCCUCUCUGCCACAUACAUGCUUGGAAUACCUUGGUCAUGACCCCAUGGAGAGUGUUUCAGCCUACUUUUCGACUAUUCACACGUGGCUGCCUAUGAUUAGCAGAAAGCGACUGGUCUUCGAACUCAACGCCCAGUCUCCUGACGACUCUUGCCUCAUGCUACUCGUCCUCUGCAUCAAACUCUGCAUAAUGGACACCGAGCAUCAACCAAAAGAGCUUCCUUUAUAUGCAGUGGCAAGAUCUUUAUGCUCGGCGGCUGAGGCAGGAGGCUUUGUCUCUUUACGCCUACUGCAGUCUUUGGUACUUCUGGCUGUCUAUGAGCUCUCUCACGCCAUAUACCCUGCUGCAUUCCUUACUCUCAGUCGCGCAGCCAGACUCGGCAUGCUGAUGGGCUUCCAUGAUAGAAAAGAUGCUCAGCAACUAUUUAAGCCUGCCGAAACAUGGACCCUUAGAGAAGAGCAACGCAGGACGUGGUGGGCAAUCUUUAUCCUAGACAGGUUUGUCAACAUCGAUAGCUCUUUACCACCUGCGACGCCAGAGCCGUGUCAGAGUGAGCUACUCCCUGUCAACGACAUCGACUGGGACAACGGGACGGUGGUACCCAGCGAGCCGCUAUACACACAGUCUUUUAGCUCGGUUACAACAGUUGGUUCAUAUGCGAAGACCUGUCAGGCUGCUCAUAUGCUCAGCAAGGUCAUGCGCCACGCGAAAGCGAGGGCAUCAUCGCAAGACAUUACAGAGCUCCUACCAGAAGCACAGCACCUUCAUCAGGCUCUAUCAGCCCUUCAUCUGUCUAUCAAGGGCACAGAUAGCGACAGAACGUCAUCGCAGGCUCCAGAGUCUUCCGCGUUCCCAGCACUCGCCUUGUGCUGCUCUGCAAGGCUCGUAUUGUACAACCAGUACGCCUGCAACGAACCUUUGGGACUCUCCACAAACGGACAUAUCGCUCUAGAGACGGAGCUGCAAAAGGUCGGCUUGGAAGGUAUUAGAGCGAUAUCGUCUUCUACAGCCCGUCUAGUAGCGCGAGAUACGGGAGGGUGUCCGUUUGUCGCCCGGUUUCUCUAUCAUGCAGCGACUGAGUGCGCGUGGUUCAUCAAAGAGAAUCACGAGCAAAUCAUGUAUGAUGCGCUGGAGGACAUUCUCAAUGGGCUUCGUAGUAUGUCGGAGCAUUGGGGACUUGCAAGAGAGUACAUCUCGUUGCUCGAGCAAGAGCAAGUCCUCAAACUCGCCGACCAAGAUGCAGACGUUUCUAGCUCCACAUCAACGUUCUAA